GCGGUUCAGUUUGGGUAGGUUUCGAAGCUGAGGAUAAUGUUCGCCAAAGUAAUACUACUAGUGGUAGCCUCGCAGGCUUGCCUGGUGAGCUCCGAUACUCCAGGAAUCCGUCAAACUGCGGCUGGUAUUUUCCAGAUCGCGCCAAUGGCCGCAGCAGUGUUUACUCAUAAAUGUGAAAAUAAUAAUUUUGGCGCUGGAUGCACUGAGUGCCAGAAAGGAUCGGUUUGCCUUGGAACCGAAAAUGCGGCUGAUGUGGACUGCACCCUUACACCAGCCACUCCUUAUUGCAAUAAAGACCAAUGUUCUGCUGUACCGUUGGAAGGAUGUGAAGCUAAUGCCCCAGUUGGAACAUUCAUUUGCACAGCUGAAGGAUCUUUUCCAGAUCCGAAACAGUGUGGAAACUAUCACUAUUGCGAAAAAGCAAAUGCCGCGGCAGAUCUAUACAGCUGUCCAUCUGGAAAUGUUUACAAUGCCGUCACCGGGUUAUGUAAGAAGAAUUCUUCCGCUGCAGAUUGUGUGGUGAUCAAAUGCCCUUCUGCCAGCGGAUAUGGCUCUUACGGUACCAACAAGACGUUGUAUGCCUAUUGUAGAUAUGCGGGAACUCCGGCAGUGCUCACACAAACGAUUGUGUUCAAGUGCGCACCGAAUUCAGCUUUUGAUGGUUCUACAUGCGUGUAUCAAUGCUCGAAAGAGGGAAAAUUUGAAAAUACUGUCAAUAUGUCAACUUAUUACGAAUGCUCCAUUUCAGGCGGAAAAUGGGUGGCUACUCUUACCAAUUGUCCUACGAAUAAGAAGUUUGACCCCACCAAACAGGUUUGUGUUACGCCAAACUGAACGUAUUAAGUGAAAUAAGAUACAAGAUACGUAGUUACAACGUUUAUGAGAUUAAAACAUGUUGCUAUCACUAUA